ACCUCCUCCCUCCUCACAGAACCAAUUGAUUUUUGAUUUUUUUUUUUUUUUUUUCUGAAUAACUGUCCAAAAAGUCUGGAGCGCGCAUGAUACCCCGGAGCAGAUCCCAUACGCAGACUGAACGAGUCCACCUCUGGCUGACGGACGGACUCCUCAGCGGCACCGGACGGAUGCAGACGGACUCGAACGCGUCUUGGUGAAUCAGAACGCCCUCAGCAUCUCCGCCAGCAGCGCGGGGCCGAACCUCACACACCGGGGGAGCGCAUCUUUCACAGGCAGGAAGAAAAUGCCAUUCCACCAUGUGCGGGCCGGUUUGCUCUACCCAGACAACUACCUGACCAACUCCCUGGCAGAGAGCAGCGAAGCCUUCCAACUCACCAGCCUCUCCACGGAGGAGCUGGGAGAGAUCCGUGAGGCAUUCCGUGUUUUGGAUCGUGACGGGAAUGGUUUCAUCUCCAAACAGGAGCUUGGCAUGGCCAUGCGCUCGCUGGGUUACAUGCCCAGUGAAGUGGAGCUGGCCAUCAUCAUGCAGAGACUGGACAUGGACGGGGACGGCCAGGUGGACUUUGAGGAGUUCAUGACAAUACUGGGACCCAAACUUCUGUCAUCCGAUAACAGAGAAGGAUUCCUGGGCAACACCAUCGACAACAUCUUCUGGCAGUUUGACAUGCAGCAGCUGUCUCUGGAUGAGCUGAAGCAGGUGCUGUUCCAAGCCUUCCGGGACCACCUGACAAUGAAAGACAUCGAGAACAUCAUCAUCACCGAGGAGGAGAGCCUCAAUGAAACCUCAGGAAACUGCCCUGAGUAUGAGGGAGUACAUCCUAAAAAGAAGAAUCGGCAAACAUGCGUUAGGAAAAGCCUGAUCUGUGCAUUUGCCAUGGCUUUCAUCAUUAGUGUCAUGCUCAUCGCAGCCAAUCAGAUGCUGCGGAAUGGCAUGGAGUAACCAAUUGCACUGUGAGCACGGGGAGUGGACAGAACAGCCAUGACCUCACAUCUCGUCUCUGCAGCCAAAGCUGGACCAACCACAACCCAAGCACUUCUUUGAACAAUCACUUUUUUUUUUUCAACGAUAUACUGUAGAUUUUUGUUGAGUCUAUUUGUUGGACUUGAAUUUAGAAGCAGACACCA